AUGUCCCCUCUCGAGUCGCCGUCGCCGUCGACGAUGAUUUUGUUGGCGGAGUACACAGAUACCUUAAGCUCACUCCCAAACGAGCUUACUCGCGGUUUCUCCGAUUUGCGGGAGCUUGACGCUGUUCUUCGUUCGUCGAUUGAGGCUAUCACUCGGAAAAUCAUUGCCCUCACUCGCUUGUUGGAAAGCGAGACGGCUACGCCUGCUGAGCGCCUCGUGCUCAUACUUGAGAUCGCUGACGAUGCGCAACGGCUCAAGAUGGGUUCGGAAGACAAGAUUAGAGUUGCUGGAAAGGCUUGCGAGGAACUUCUCCACACCCGCACACUGGUCAAUAGAACCCUUGCACAGAUUGCUGCAGUCAUCCCUCACUUCUCCGAAACUCUGAACGUUCACAACACGACGUAUCCUCACGUUGCACCCUCCUCGUUACUCCCCGUCACUGGCGAGUUUGGCCGACGCAAGCGCAACCCUGGCACCUCAGUUCUCCAUAACACUGCACGUGAUCUGUACCCUUCAAUAAGCCCAAAGAAACGUCGGCUCGAUGAUGACGCAUCAAGUAUUCGUGGUGCUGCUGGGUCAAGCAACGGCAGGAAUGUCUCUAAGGGUAAAGACGCCAACAAACCGUCCGCACCAUCUGCGCUUAGCCGUGGGAAGCCCAGAGCCGGUGGCGAUACUGACUCCAUAUCUGCAUAUGACACUGUUAAUGGGUAUGGCGCAAACCGAUCGGGAUCGCGAACUGCAAAUGGAAAAGUUGCGCAACCACCCCCAAAAGCCAACAACCCACGCUCGCGUACAAACGGCGACCCCGGCCGUAUGCGGGGCCUUUUAGAUACUGUUGCCUCUCGUGGAGGAGGGAGUCGCGCCUUUGAAGAUGAUGAUUACGCCACAACAGGUGCUGGAUCUUCGCGGCGUUCACCGCACGCCAACGAGCGUCAGCAUGGAAAUGGUAACGGUACCCGCGCGGACCCAGAUUAUCAAGCUCCAGGAUCUCACAACUUACUCGCUUCCACAUCAGGUCCCAGUACUCUAAAUUCUCACCAGCCUAGUUCAAGAGCUGCUGCAAACAGGGGUCGUGCAACCGUUGCUGCUGCCGUAGCCGCCGAGGAUUAUGACUUGGAGAUUAACGGUUACGAUGUCAAUUUUGAUGGGCACGGGGACGGCUAUGGAAUUGGAGAGGAUGGAAUGGACGAAGGUGGAGAUGGCGAUGGUGAUUUGGACGAAACAAAAUAUUGUUACUGCGAUCGUGUCUCGUUUGGAGAGAUGGUUGGAUGCGAUGGCCCGGACUGCACACGAGAAUGGUUUCAUCUCCCGUGCAUUGGCCUUACCGUCGCUCCCAAAGGGGAAUGGUUCUGCGACGAAUGUCUCGCCAAGAGAGGUGCGCAAGCGUCAAAUAAAUCGCAACGGCGUAGUGGUGGGCACACAACAAACUCCAAUGCCACGACCAGUGCCACAGCCGCAAACUCAAGUAAAAGUGGAAACGGGCGCAGCGGUUCAGGGGGUGGUCGGCGAACUAAAAAUAACAAUCGUUCUGGGAAUAACAGUCGAGCUAAAAGUCAAAGCGCUACUGCGGCACCGAUGGGUAGUGGCCCCAACAAUGCUACGUCGGAGCCGGGGACUUCAAACGGGACCGAUGGCCCUGGGAACGACGGAACACCAUCGCCUACUGAGGGUCCGGUUAGUACACACGUCAAGGACGAGACAGACGUUGAACCUUCUCCAACCGAACCACCUGAACAACCGGAUAAGAAAGAACGCCUCACACAACGAGAAUCAUCUUCCAACAAAGCAGGGACGAACGAGAAGAAACGAGAAAAAUCGGUACCUGUACUACCCGUUCUCGUUCCCGUCCCGGCUGCAGAUACCGAUAUCGAUAUCGAUCCAGCUCUUAAGAACGAACCAACAGUGGUGCCUCCUAGCAGUAGCGGUAGACGGACGACGCCGCCUUCAUCGCUAGCUCAGCCCGAUCUUACACCCGCACCGAAACCUAUCGCCGCAUGA